AUGAAGCGUUUUACUGACAGCACGCAAGCAUUACCAGAUGUAUUGCCAGUGUUUCCCACAUUGGAAGAAACCGUGACGAUGCAGGCUGGUGAUGUUGAAACCAUCGAUUGGGGGAUGGAAGAGUCCAUCAUAUCUAAAAUGAAAGCAGUGGGGUUGCCCAGAGGUAGAACCAGUGAUUUAGGUUUCGCUGAAUACUGUGCUCGCAAUGGCAUAAGUCAUGUUAACACAGCACCAUUUCACCCAGCAUCAAAUGGGCUCGCGGAAAGGUUCGUACGUAAAUUCAAAUCAUCCGUUCAAAAGAAUAUUGAUGAUGGGUUAUCGAUUAAAUUGGCUUUGGUAAAGUAUCUAGCGACAUACCGAGCUAUUCCUAAUGCCGAAGGGAAGUCACCGGCAGAAUUGUUACAUGGGCGUGCACCACGUACUUUGCUUACACUGUUAUCAGCACCACCAAACAACAAUAAACCCGUCACUCGUUCAACUAAAUUCUCGCCUAACGAAACCGUGUAUAUUAAACAUUAUGGUCGAGGUCCGAAGUGGGUGGAAGCAGUCAUUAUUAAAAACUUAGGAUGCAUGGUUUAUAUUGUGAAAACGUCCAACGGUUACGUGAGACGUCAUCAAAAUCAAAUAAAACACCGUUCAUCAACGUCAGCAGAAAACAACAGCAAAUCUGAUUGGUAUAUGUUGCCAACACCUGUUAGUGAGCAGGAGGAUAACAACAACACUAAUCACACUAACACUGAAGAGCGUUCUCAGAUGACUGAACAGAUACCACGUCGAAGCGCUCGUACUCGAGCUCAACCUAAUCGUUAUCAACCUAUUUAA